AUGAUGCUGGCUCCGGGCAUGUACUUCACUUGCGUGUUGGAAAAGAGUCAGCCACGAGUCUUUGGCAGGGGCAUUGAAGUCGAAGCAACCACUGCGGACAUGGUGGCAGCCGGGCACUACCAUGUCAUGUUGCUGAGUGAAGGGAAGCUGCAAUGCAUUGGAUCAAAUGAGUGCCAGCAAUGUGACGUGCCAGAGGGCCUCGGCAAAGUGAUACUGAUUGCAGCAGGGCAACAACAUAGCUGCGUGGUCAACGAAGAAGGGCGGCUUUUUUGCUUCGGAGAGAAUCAUGCUCAGCAGUGCAAUGUGCCUGAAGACUUGGCUCCUGUGCAGAGUGUGAGUGCUGGUGGGAGCCACACCUGUGUGAUUGUGGGAGCCACACCUGAGUUGGCCAGACUAAGAUGCUUUGGAAGCAACAAAUCCAGACAAUGCGAUGUGCCAAAAGACCUGGAGGAUGUCCCCGUGAAGGCUGUUGCAGCUGGUGGGAGCCACACAUGUGUGAUUACUCAGAGCGACGAAUUGCGCUGCUUUGGCGACAACAGCUUCGGCCAGUGCAAAGUUCCGGCCAAGUUGAAGAAGGUGACGAUGGUCUCUGCUGGACAGCGGCACACCUGUGCCCUUCAGGAGGAUGGGACUUUGGUAUGCUUUGGCGAUCCGUCCUUCGGCCAAUGCUCUGUCCCAGAAGAUUUAAAGAACCUAGUGAUCGAUGUGAAGGCUGGAGCAUUUCACACUUGUGCUGUGAAGAGGGAUGGUUCUUUGGUGGCGUUUGGUUGUAAUUCAGCUGGACAGCUCAACCUGAAGACCGACGCGUUGUGA